AUGAAUUUAGUAUAUUUAUUUCGUGGAUACCGGCGUAGUGAGCCUACAACUCUCUUGGUAUUAAAACUUUUUAUAAUGAUUAUACUUGUAGCAUGUUUUACGGGCUAUCUCGCUAUUGUAAUAAUUGAUGUAACCCAAGAUGUUCCAAUUAUCAGAACUUCUUUUGUUUCUUCUCCUAUUCGACCUCCAAUUCUCUUAUUUAAGUCUGAUUAUAAUUUCACGGUAGACGUUUGUCAUGAAGGAUAUACUAAUGAUGAUUUUCAAAAUACAGUGGUAGAUUGCAUGGCAGAUAUUAUUCAACCUGAUGAAAAAUAUGGACCAUCCCUUCUUUAUUAUGGAAUUUAUAAGCCAUCACAAAAUGUCUUUUUUUAUAAAGAUACUAAUGGCUCAAAUGAGAUGAAUAGUAUAAUUAUCUUUCUUACCAUAAGUGAUAGUAAUUACACAUCUGAUAGAGUUCGAAUGAUUGAAAUGAGUGCUUUUGACCCAGAAAAUUCAGUUGAUAAAUGGAUAAUUGAUGGUAUCAAGGAAAAGAAACUUUUUAAUGAAGAUAAUAAAUUAACUUCAUUGAGUGAUGAUAAUUCAGUUGAUUUGGACACAUAUGGUCUGUUUUUCCAAUUUAGAUAUGCUCGCAAAAUCAAGGAGGUUAUAAAACCAAGUUGGAUGAACGAUUUUGGUAUUCCGCCAACAUAUGAAAACAAAUCAUAUAUUGAAUCUACCUUAUUGUCAAGUUCUUUACCCAUGAAUACAAGUUUAGAUAGGCCAUUGAUAUCGAUUUAUAUAAUUCCCAACAGCAAUACUAUUCAAAUAGACAGAGAAGUUAGAGCUCGUACAUACUUAAAUGGCAUGGGCUUAGUAGGAGGUGCAUGGGGAUUGGCAGCAGCAAUAUAUGCAUGGCUUUUUGGCGCGGACGCAUUACGACCAUGGGGGAUUGUGCAAUUGGGUUGCUGCGGAUUUCCACGCUCAACACAAAAAAAGCUCGAAAAAACCCUUCCGCUAAUUCCAUUUUUUGAUACAUCACGUACCGAUACUAAAGAUCAUCUUUCAAAUCACGGUCUUUCAUUAGCUGAGAAAAUUGAAUUAAUACCGUUAUUACAAUCAAGAAUUGAUAGUUUAGAAUUGUUUUUACAAGAAUAUGUCGUUGAUGUAAAUUAUUUAAAUGGUAUUCGGAAUAAACUAUCUAGAUCUAGAGCGACUCUGAAUUCUACAAUUGAUACCAUGAAUAAUCUUAACAAUCAAGUGAUACAAGAUAUGAGAGUAAGAUUUGAUAAUACGAAUUCAAUGUACACACCGAUUUCUGCUAGAGCUGCGCAGCAACAACAAGAAGGUUUAAUGGUUACAGUUCCAACACAAUCUAAUAUUUCUGAUACAAAUAAUACUUUGUAUGAUAAUAAUCUAAGACAACAAAACCCUUUAUCUCAGCAGCAACAACAAUAA